AUGCUACCCGACGGCAGCGUUGACUUUUUCCGCGUCCAAUCCAUCUGCCUCGCAGCCAUCGGCAUUUCCCGGAAUGAGACGCGCCUCGACCGGGUCCUGUUCGGGUUCAGCUUUUUCUCCGUGCUGUUCAUGAAGCUGGGCACGGUCCUGUUCGCAGCGAGCCACAUCGAAGAAAUAAUGCUGCUGUGCGACUGUCUGGGGCCAACGUUCACCGCCUACCUGGGCCUGGUGCGCCAGUACAACCUGCGGCGUCAUCGAAGCGAGCUGUGGGCCAUCGUGGACGAAUUUUCCGCCCUUAAGUGCUCGCUAGCCCCGGCCGAAGAGCGCAUCGUGCAGCGGUACAACCGGUUCGACCGGUUCCUGGCGUGGGCCUACCUGAUUUCGGCCAUGUCCACCGGAGUGCUGUUCGUCUGUGCCGCCCUCGUCCGGGUCGCCGUCUCCGAGCGCUCGGAAUGGAAGCUUCCGCUGCUGAUGGCCUUCCCGUUCGAUACGACCCACCCGGUGACCUUCACGGUGCUGUUCGUGUGGUGCAGCAUCGCCAUCGUCUGGGUGGUGCUGGACUGCGUGGCUUGCGAUGCCACGUUCGGGACGUUCUCCUCCUGUCUGGUGGCGCACUUUGUCAUCACCCAGCGUCGCUUCGAGCGGAUCCGUUUCGACGACGCACCACACGCGCCCCUGGGGGCGCUCAUCGAGUACCACAAGCACAUACUGAACAUCGCCGACCGGGUGAUUGACGCGUACCGGAAUGUCAUCCUCAACCAGCUGCUCAUCUCCUCCGUGCUGUUGUGCAUGCUCGGCUUCCAGCUCGUCCUCUCGGCCGGCUCGGGCUUGGUGAUCGUCUACGUGGCGUACGGGACCGCCAUCGUCAUUCAGGUGACCUACUACUGUUACUACGGCUCGCAGCUUUACCACGAGAGCACUCAGGUGCACGACGCCGUUUUCCAAAGCAACUGGUACGAGGCGGACGUGCGCACCCAAAAGCUGCUGAUAAACUGCAUGAUGCGAGCCCGGAAGGCGGUGAACGCCCAGUCCGGAUUUGUCCAGGCGUCCCUGCCGACGCUGAGGGCGAUUCUCAACUCCGCCGGUUCGUAUGUGGCCCUGUUAAUGUCCUUGACGGAGUAACACAAAC